UAUUAACCCUAGUCUACUCUCUAAGCUAUUUAUACCCCUUCAUCUCCUCACAUUCAUCUCUUCAUUUUACUUCGAUCUCUUUCUUUCUUCUCCAUUUCCGCUAUUCUCUUGUAUUUCUUCGACAAUUUCCGUCAUUUCAAAACCCUAAUUUCGUCGGAAUUUUGCUAGGGUUUUCCCCUGCAUUGUUAUGAGAGCUUUUAUAUUGUGUAGAAAUCAAUUCAAACUUGCUAAACUACAUCGUUAAUGGCAGAAGAACGUCGGCGAUUUUCGAUCGGUUACGCUUUAGCGCCGAAAAAACAACAAAGUUUCAUACGAGAAUCACUAAUCAACCUUGCUCGUGAGCGUCUGAUCGAUUUGAUCAAAAUCGACACCGAUAAACCGUUGAUCGAUCAAGGACCGUUCGAUUGCAUCCUUCACAAAUUGUACGGUGACGAUUGGAAGUUACAACUCGUUGAUUACAAGGCGAAAAACCCUAAUGUCGUGAUUCUUGAUGCUCCUGAAGCUAUUGAACGCCUCCAUAACCGUAUUUCAAUGUUGCAGGUCGUUUCUGAGCUAAAAAUCGCGCAAAACGACCGUGAAACUUUCGGAAUUCCCAAACAAAUUGUGAUUUACGAUGCCGAAACGCUUCGUGAUCAUCGUUCUUGGGAUGGAUUGAAGUUUCCCGUGAUUGCGAAACCCUUGGUUGCCGAUGGAAGCGCGAAAUCGCAUAAAAUGUCGCUGGUUUACAAUCAUGGAGGAUUGGGCAAUCUAAAACCUCCAAUUGUUUUGCAGGAGUUUAUUAAUCAUGGAGGAGUGAUAUUCAAGGUGUAUGUAGUAGGAGAAUACGUGAAAUGCGUCAAGAGGAAGUCGUUGCCGGACGUAUUGGAGGAUAAAUUGGAGAGUUUAGGUGGAUUGGUGGCUUUUUCGCAGGUGUCGAAUUUGGCGAACAAUGAGAUGACUGAUGAGAAGUACUAUAAGAUGAUGCAUUUGGAUGAUUGUGAGAUGCCGCCUCAGGAGUUUAUUACCGAUAUUGCGAGAGGGUUGAGGGAGGUUAUGAAGCUGAAUCUUUUUAAUUUUGAUGUGAUUAGGGAUACGAGGCUCGGAAAUCGGUAUCUUGUGAUUGAUAUCAACUAUUUUCCGGGCUAUGCGAAGAUGCCGUCGUAUGAAAGUGUGAUGACUGAUUUCUUCUGGAAUGUUGUGGCCAAGAAAGAGAGAAGAGAAGUGGUGGAGAAUGAGGAUAAUGAAGAUAGGAAGUUGGUGGAUAAAUUUGGUAUUGAAGGUGUUUGUCAGUGAGGAAAUGCAGGAUAAAUUUGUUACAUUAGGUCACAGUUUCUUGUUCUCUUUAAUCCUAGCCCAAGAAAUGGAAAAAGAGAAAGGGAAAGAAAAUGAAGGUUUUAACAAUUUCAUUGGAUAGAGGGUGACAGUACAGACUGGUGAACAAGAGACACUUUUAGCUGGGUGUUGGGUGUCAAAAUGAUGUAUAUUCCAUCUUGGUUCUGGAGUUUGAGUUGCUAUUUGAGAUACUUUUGGAAAAAGAGUUAUGCUUUGAUGUUUUAGAAAGGGUUUAGUUUAGUUUGUUCUUUCUUGACAAGUUUUGUAAUCUUCUUUCGUAAGGAAAUGUUCAAACAUGUGCCUUUUUUGGGCACUUUAGAUCAA